AUGAAUGUCAACAAUAGAGAUACCUCAACCCUCCCAAUCCAGGGUCCCAGCCAAACUGCACGACAUCCACAGACACCGUUUGUUAGCCCAGCUCAAAUGGCCAUGUUUGCACGGGUAACAUCUUAUCCCCCAUUGGGACAAAUCACUUGUCUCCAAACGGCGCAAACCGCAUUGCGGACUAAACAAGAUACGCUAUGUUUCACGGUUACCAUCGAGUCCAGCAGCUCAUUCCCCGCACAGUCAUGGGAAGCGCAGAUCUGGCAUAACAUCACUGCCCCCGAAUGGGGAUCUCUGCCAUUGCAGAGAUGUAGCUCGGAUCAUGCUGCCCUUCUGAGAGGAGAGGAGAGCAAGUACCACUACCAUCGUUACAUAUUCUCAGAAGAUAUAUCCCUGCCAGCCGCAGGAGGCCAUGCACAGUUCACUGUCCGAUUCCGAACUGGCCCAGACGCGGAAUGGCAGUGGGCUAGUCAGAUGCACCCCGUGAGCGACGGCGAAAUUGUAUAUAGCGCACGCCACUCCGAUCUAGAUAAAGCUAUGUCCACGGAUGUCGCUGUGCAAGUCCCUAGAGAACACCUGGAGAACUACAUCGAGAAUCUUCAUGGUGACUUACAGGUUGAGUCACGGCUUAGUGAAGCUCCUGGAUCGGUCCUGUGGGCUCUUUCUGGUGAUAUCGAUGGCGUUCAGAAUGGAUCUUCAACCAUCAAACAACUUGCACUUGGUACCCCUUCAUCAGUGAUGAGGUAUUUCGCACUAGUGCGUGUCUCGAGCCCAUGGCUGGGUCCUAGGCAUGGCAAAAACAACUUCCGGCUUACUGAAGAUGCAAUCUUUUGCUCUUUCCUGCGCGAAGAUGGUGUGAAUCUGGUUCUGUUGGCUGUUUCGGGUGUCAACGAUGUUUUGACUGUGUUGCAGUCAGGUGAGACUGGUGAAGUUGUGAUCUCCUCAAAGAGCGACGAUUCAGAAGCAUCGAAGUUCCAUGUGCUUGUCAGCGCCGCGGAGAACAUUGAAGUUGCCAUGUCUGCAGUAGUGUAUGAGGCACGGAAAGUGGUCAGGCCAUUUGCUGAUGCGAGUCAUUUGGAUUUGGAAGAUUCAGUCCCAUUGUCUCCCCCUGGUGAUGAUAUGGUCCUUGUCGAAAAAGACCCAAGUGUACAGUGGCUUUCCGAGUGGGUUGACGGUCUCACAUAUUGUACUUGGAAUGGACUGGGACAGGACCUUACCGAAGAGAAGAUCUUGCGUGCCUUGGACUCAUUGAAGGCCAAUGGAAUCAACAUCGUCAAUCUUAUUAUCGAUGAUGGCUGGCAGACAAAUGACAAUGAAGGGGAGUCCCAGUUCAAGCAAGGCUGGAAGCAGUUCGAGGCACAUGCGAAAGGAUUUCCGAAAGGGUUAAACCAUACUGUGGGAGCUAUUCAUCGGGCACAUCCCAAUAUUGAACAUGUUGCAGUCUGGCAUGCCUUGUUGGGUUACUGGGGAGGUAUCUCACCAAAAGGGGACCUGGCUCAAAGAUUCAAAACAAAGCAAGUGAAGAUAAAAGAUCCCACCGCCAACGGGCUCAUCGCGGAGAGCCUUCCAGACGGAACAAUCGUUGUAGUUGCUCCUGACGAUGUUAAACGAUUCUAUGAUGAGUUCUAUAGCUACCUUCGGUCUGUUGGUAUAGACUCGGUCAAGACAGAUGCACAAUUUUUCCUUGAUCUCCUUGAGGACCCAGAGGACCGCCGGACAUUCAUGACUUCUUAUCAAGAUGCAUGGUCUAUCGCAUCACUCAGGCACUUCAGUACUCGGUCAAUCUCAUGCGGGUCGAUGACCCCUCAAAUAAUCUUCCAUUCACAAAUUCCCACCAACAAACCGGCAAUUCCAUUGCGAAACUCCGACGACUUCUUUCCGGAUGUUGUUGCCUCACAUCCGUGGCAUGUAUUUUGCAAUGCUCAUAAUGCGUUGCUCACCCGCUAUUUGAACGUAUUGCCAGACUGGGAUAUGUUCCAGACAAGUCACCCAUACGCGUCAUUCCACGCUGCAGCACGAUGUGUAUCCGGUGGACCAAUCUAUAUUACCGAUGAGCCGGGCAAACAUGACCUGGCUCUUCUCGAUCAGAUGACAGCAACUACCGUUAAAGAUAUCACGGUGAUCUUGCGUCCUAGUGUCAUCGGACGCACGAUAGACGUUUACCACGACUACAACGAAGGACAUGUUCUGCGCGUUGGAAGUUACACGGGCUGGGCUAAGACCGGAAGUGGCAUCUUAGGCCUUUUCAAUAUUCAACCCGCGGACGCCUCGAUCAUAGUCUCGUUGAUGGAUUUCCCAGGAAUACACGAGGACUCCGAAGGCCAGUAUAUCGUGCGUUCACACAGCAGCGGUAAAAUCUCGCCUCGCAUGCGGCCGUCGACCAAGGACUCCUUGAUAUCAGUUGUUCUAGAGCCAAAGGGCUGGGAGAUCCUCACUGCGUACCCGACUCGGCCGUUCACGCUGACGGGAAGCCAUGGCGGCAACUCUUCUGGCCAUGGUCUGACACAUGUGGCUGUGCUGGGCCUUUUAGGGAAGAUGACUGGUGCAGCGGCUGUAGUGACUUCAGAUAUAUCUGUGGUUGAGAACGGCCGUUUACGACUCGACAUCAGCUUAAAGGCGCUGGGCACUCUGGGAAUUUAUUUCUCGGAUCUUCAGAACAAGAGCAUUGCACGGAAUUUCAUGGUCAUGAUUCUGGGACAGGCGAUUCCAGAGAAUACGGUGUGGAAGCAGGGUGGAGAGAAUGCUAAUGUGCUGGCAAUUGAUGUAUUGGCGGCAUGGAAAUCCAUGAAGUUGGACAGUGGAUGGAGUAACGAGGCCUUUGUGCAGGUUUUUAUGGGUUAA